AUGGGCUUCUCCAUACCCUACUCUACGCGAUCGGAUGCUUCAAGAUAUCCCGAUAUUGGAUGCAUCAUUUGUACGCUCAUUGCACUGUACCUUUGCAGCUAUGUUAUAUACCAACGCUUCUUCCACCCGCUGGCCAAGUUUCCCGGACCUUUCCUGGCUUCCCUCACAGAUCUCUGGCAGGUGUCGGAAAUGCUCUCUCUCAAACAACCUUACAAUUUGACUGAUUUACAUGAGCGAUACGGUCAAUUUGUACGCUACGGUCCAGACAAAUUGAGCACCACCGCCGAAGACGCUAUACCCAUCGUCUAUCAAAAGGGCGGCAGGAUGUUUCCUAAGACCGAGUUCUACGACGCUUAUGGGGCGUAUGGAGCAACAUCACCGAACAUCUUUGGUAUGCGAGAUGAAGCAAUGCAUUCGAUUCGCAGGCGACACAUGUCCCACAGCUUUUCCAUCGCCUCCGUGAAGAAUAUGGAACCGCACUUGGAUGCGAACGUGAAAAUACUGACGGACAAGCUGGCCGGCUACUGCGAUCGCGGCGAGGUUUUCGAUCUCAAAAAGCUCAUACAAUUUUACGUCGUCGAUGUACUUGGAGAGCUUGCAUUCGGACAGUCUUUCGGUAUUCAGGAAAGUGGCAAUGAAUCACAGGUGCCACCAGUGGUCGAACACAGUCUCCUCGCCGCAGUUACAGGGUCCUGGCCUGCAAUGACUGUGACAUUGAAACGGUGGCUUCCAAAAGUCCCGUCGCGAACUUUAAGGCGCUUAUUUGAAGGGCGCGCUGCUGUUGUGAAGAUGGCCUCAGCGUGCGUUAGCCACCGUAUGGCGGCAAUGCAGGAUGCUAAACAGGGGAACGACGCAGCUUCAGCAACGCGAAAGGACAUCCUUACCAGCUUGAUUAAAGCGAAAGACCCCGAAAAUGGGGAGCGACUGACUCAAGCAGACCUCCAGACUGAGGCAUUUGGGUUCAUUAUUGCUGGCACACACACAACAAGUGCGACCACCUCUUUACUCUUCUACCAUCUCUUACACGCACCUCAAAUCAUGAAGAAAUGUGUGGCAGAGAUCGAUGCACAACUGCCGCGCCCCGGUGAAGAUCGAACAGUAUACUCAUUUGCGGAGGUGGAGACAUCGUUUCCUUAUUUAAAGCAAUGCAUCAAGGAGAACUUCCGUAUUACUCCUGUUUUCACCAUGCCCUUGGCUCGAAGGGUUCUGGCUCAUGAGGGAGUGACUAUUGCAGGGGAGCACAUUCCCGUCGGGACGUCGAUUGCAGUCUGCAAUCAUGCAUUUCAUCACAAUCCAAAGGUUUGGGGCAACGAUCACAAUCGAUUUGAUCCAGGCCGAUGGUAUCAGGCAGAGACGGCAGCGCGCUCACGAUACCUGAUGCAUUUUGGACUGGGAGGUCGACAAUGCAUUGGGAAGACUGUCGCCAUGACUAACAUCUACAAAUUGGCAAGUACUCUACUCAGAGAGUUUGACCUUACGUUGGCCGCAAGUGAGGAUCAGGGUGCGGAGUCGGAGGGACAGCCCUCGUUGGGGAACAUGCCUGAAUUGAUCAGUGUGAGCGUCAGUGAUAUGAAACAUCCGCUGAUGGUACGUGCUCGUAAAAGAAUUAUUGUCUGAGCCCUCGGAGCAUAAUUCGGGACAGCGAAGGUUUUCACGCAUCACCCGUUAUUUAUGUCUUGUAGUUAGCCUGAGAAUUCGAUCAAUAUUAC